AUGGAAGAGGAAACCCUCUACAACCAGCCCAUAGUGCUUGACAAUGGGUCUGGAAAUAUCAAGGCUGGAUUUGCCGGCGAGGAAAAACCCAAAGUUCAUGAACCAGCGAUCGUGGGAAGGCCCAAGUACCAGAAGAUCAUGGCUGUGGCUCUGGCUGAUGAGAACAUCUCCAAGUACAACAACAUAGAGGCGUAUGUGGGGAACUCUGCGCGGCAGAACCGAGGUCUUCUUCGACUCAAGUACCCUAUUGAACAUGGUAUAGUUAACGAUUGGGAGGAUAUGGAGCGGUUGUGGCAUUAUACGUUUACCAAAGAGCUUAGAACGGCGCCUGAGGAGCAUCCGCUUUUGGUCACCGAGGCGCCGCUUAACCCGAGAGCUAAUAGAGACCACAUGUGUCAGAUCAUGUUUGAGACGUUUAACAUUCCGUGUGUGUAUGUGUCUGUCCAGGCGGUACUUUCCAUAUAUGCAUCGGGACGUACUACUGGAGUGGUGCUUGACUCUGGAGAUGGAGUCAGCAAUGUUGUGCCCGUGUACAACGGGUUUUCGUUGCCUACGGCGAUAAAACGUAUGGAUGUGGGCGGAAGGGAUAUUACUGACCAAUUGGCUUUCCAGGUGAGACAGAUGCUGGGGAUAAACCUUCUGUCGAGCUCUGAGCUUGAUAUCGCAAGACAGAUCAAAGAGAAGUGCUGCUACGUUUCAAAGAACCCUGAUCGAGACGAGCAACUUUAUUCAGGAGUGACGUAUUCCCAUUUUAUGGGCGGGUCGGCUGCGGCAGCGUCCUCUGGAGCGUCUACUCAUGAUGGUAUGGACCUUUUUUCCAGUUAUAAGCUUCCAGACGGGCACACGCUACAACUAGGACUUGAACGGUUCCGGGCGCCUGAAAUUCUCUUCAACCCUCAGCUUAUCGGCGACGAGCUGCCUGGAAUAGACGAAUUGUUGGGGAUUUCCAUUGCUAAAACGGAUCUCGAUCUACGGCCCACAUUAUACCAGAACAUCAUUUUAUCUGGAGGCACUACGCUUCUUCGUAACUUUGGUGAUCGUCUUCUUCACGAACUCAAGACCAGCCAGGCUAGCCAAAGCAACUCAAGCAUAUGGGCCAACAAUCGAAACGUUGGCAGAGAUACCAAAAUGAAAAUCAAGAUCUACGCUCCGCCAGAGCGGAAAUACAGCACAUGGAUAGGCGGGUCUAUAUUGGCCAUACGCUGA